UCCCAUUGGACCCAGAUAUUAUCCAAUAAAAUUGAGAAACUUUAACUAACAGACAUAUAUGAAGAAAUCGAUGCAAACGUUUUGUCUUGGAUUGCUUAUAAAAUAAUGAAAUAUAUUUUAGUAACUGGUGGUGUAAUUAGUGGAGUCGGCAAAGGUGUUAUUGCGAGUUCAUUUGGAACUAUACUUAAACAUUGCGGUAUUCAUGUGACAUCUAUUAAGAUAGAUCCUUAUAUAAAUAUUGAUGCCGGUACUUUUUCUCCUUACGAGCAUGGAGAAGUAUAUGUAUUAGAUGAUGGUGGAGAAGUAGAUCUUGAUUUAGGAAAUUAUGAGCGUUUUUUAGAUAUUACUUUACACAGAGACAAUAAUAUCACAACAGGAAAAAUUUAUCAACAUGUAAUAUCAAAGGAAAGACAUGGUGAUUAUUUGGGAAAAACUGUUCAAGUAAUACCUCACAUAACGGAUGCUAUUCAAGAAUGGGUUGAAAGAGUUGCAAAACAAUCAGUAACAAAAGAUGGUGAUAAACCAGAUGUUUGCAUUGUUGAAUUAGGUGGAACUAUAGGAGAUAUUGAAGGAAUGCCAUUUGUAGAAGCUUUUAGACAAUUUCAAUUUAGAGUAAAAAAAGAAAAUUUUUGCUGUGCACAUGUAUCUUUAGUGCCUCAACCAAGAUCUACAGGAGAACCAAAAACAAAACCAACUCAAUCCAGUGUAAGAGAACUACGUGGAUUAGGUUUGUCUCCUGAUCUCAUAGUUUGCAGAUCUGAACAACCAAUAGGCGAUUCUGUAAAAGAAAAAAUUUCGAAUUUUUGUCAUGUUGCUCCAGAACAAGUUAUAACUAUACAUGAUUUGUCAUCUAUAUAUCGUGUUCCUUUAUUGAUGGAAUCUCAAGGUGUAAUUGAAUUUUUAAAUGAUAGGCUACAAUUAAAUAUCGGAAUGCCACGCCCUCGAUAUUUUAUGCGAAAAUGGAGAGAUUUGGCAGAUCGUAUUGAUCAUUUACGAAAAGAAGUAAAUAUUGCAUUAGUAGGAAAAUAUACAAAAUUAGAAGAUUCUUAUGCAUCAGUUACAAAAGCAUUACAACAUGCUUGCAUCCAAGUUGGUUAUAAACUUAAAUUAACAUAUAUAGAAGCUGAUAAUUUAGAACAAAGUACAAAAACAAUAGAUCCUGUAUUAUAUCAUGAAGCUUGGCAACAACUUUGUAAAAGCAAUGGUGUUGUUGUACCAGGUGGUUUCGGUAAAAGAGGUAUGCAAGGAAAAAUGGAAGCAUGUAAAUGGUGUAGAACAAAUGAUAAACCAUUUCUCGGUAUUUGUUUGGGAUUACAAGUAGCAGUAGUUGAAUUCGCAAGGAAUGUUUUAAAUAUAGAAUCUGCAAAUAGCAUGGAAAUUGAUCCAGAAACAGAUCAUCCUCUCGUUAUAGAUAUGCCUGAAUAUAAUCCAAAACAAAUGGGUGGAACUAUGAGACUUGGAAAAAGAUAUACUCGGUUUACAGAAAAUAAUUCUGUCAUAAAACAAUUGUAUGGUAAUAAGGAUUGCAUAGAAGAAAGACAUAGACAUCGUUAUGAAAUCAAUCCAAAUUAUAUUAAUGAUUUAGAAGAAGCUGGAUUGAAGUUCGUAGGUCAUGAUGAAGAAAAUUUACGUAUGGAAAUAGCAGAAUUAGAAGGACAUAGUUAUUAUGUUGCGACACAAUUCCAUCCAGAAUAUUUGUCUAGACCACUGAAACCUUCACCACCAUUUUUAGGACUAAUUUUAGCUAGUGUCGGUAAAUUAAAGCAAUACUUGGUUAAAGGUUGUAAACUUUCACCUCAAGCAAUCAGUGAUAAUGAAUCAGAUAAUGAAUGUCUUGUUGAUUCAAUAGCAAAGCAACAAACAAUAAGUGAAACUAGUAUGAGUGGUAGUACUACAUCUUACAAUGAUUUGAUUGAAUAGAUAUAUUAAUCAUAAAAAUAAUUUUAAUUAUGAUCUUUAUAAUAAUAUUAUAAAGAUUUAGAAUACAUGUUAACAGAUUUAUGAUAAUAUGCUAUAUAUUUAAAUUAUAUAG